CCGUCACUGCCUUCCUCAAGGUGUGCGUGUCAAUGGAAGCAGAGGAGGAGUUAAGCGCGCAACUCUUUUCACGUUCCCAUACACCGCUCAAACUAAAUACUUUAAGUCCCGACUCGAGCUCAAACACAUUAAACAGGAAACUGAGGAUAUAGUCCAACACUUGAAUUGCAAUUGGACCCUUGCAAGAGCUUGGUUUGAAUUUGCACAGAAAGUGCUCAAUGCGCCUUGGUUCGGUUCUGGCGUGUGAGAAUUGCACAGGUGGAGCAGCUGAGAGAACAUGUCCAAUGGAAAAGAUGACAAUCCUGCACAGAACAACUCAUCCCAGAUGACCCUAGAAGAAAGCCUGGAAGAGUGUAUGGUGGCCCUGGAUCUCUUCCUAAACAAUCACUUCAAUGAAAGUCUGGAGAGGCUGCAACCCAAAGUGGGUGAGAGUAUGUACCAUGCUCUCAUCUAUGCCACAAUCCUGGAAAUGCAGGCCAUGAUGACUUUCCAACAUGAAGACAUUUGCAAUGCUGGAGCAACCAUGAAGAGUGCUCAGGAUCUCUGUCAAAGGUUUCGCCGUAAAUCUCCAAAUUUAGGCAAGUUCACAGGGGAGCUCACUGAAGAACAGCUCCAUGCUGAAGUGUGUUACGCGGAAUGCCAACUCCAAAGAGCUGCUCUCACCUUCCUCCAGGAUGAGAACAUGGUGAGUUUUAUCAAAGGUGGGAUCAAAGUACGAAACAGUUACCUAAUUUACAAAGACUUGCAUUCCUACGUGAAAUCUCAAACCUGUUUGAAAGGAUCCGGCCAUAAUCACUUAGAGGGUGGCAUUUCAUUUGGAGUAGGAGCGUUUAAUUUGACACUCUCUUUAUUUCCACCCCGGAUACUAAAAUUAUUAGAAUUUGCCGGCUUCUCGGGAGAUAAGGAUUACGGUUUGUCUCUGCUUGAUGACGGCGCGACGGCAUUGAAUUUGCGCUCCAUGCUGUGUGUUCUGCUACUGCUUUGUUACUACACUUUUCUCACAUUCAUACUAGGAACAGGUGAGGGACAUGUGGUGGAAGCUGAAAGAUUGCUGAAAAUAUUCCGGGUUCGCUAUCCCCGGGGAGCAAUAUUCCUCUUCUUUGCUGGCAGGGUAGAGGAGAUGAAAGGAAACAUCGAUGAGGCGGUGGCCUUAUUUGAAGAUGGCUGCAAGGCCCAGCAAGCAUGGAAGCAAUUCCACCACAUGUGCUACUGGGAGCUCAUGUGGUGCUUCACUUAUAAGCGAGCAUGGAAAAUGGCUUAUUUUUACGCAGACCUACUGAGCAAGGAAAGCCGCUGGUCAAAGGCCAUGUACAUCUACAUGAAAGCUGCUUGCCUUAGCAUGCUGCCAAAGGAAGAGGAACGCCCCUUCGGAGAGAAUGAGGUGGAUCUCUUUAGACAAGUGCCUGUCUUCAAGCAGAAGAUAGCGGGGAAGUCUCCUCCCACAGAGAAAUUUGCUAUCCGCAAAGCUCGCCGCUACAAAGCCAACUGUCCAGUCAGGCUAGCAGUGCCAGUGCUGGAGAUGAUGUACAUGUGGAAUGGUUUUAGUAUGAUCAAAAAACGACCAGAGCUGACUGAAGGCAUGAUCCAGACGCUAGUGGAGGCUGAGCGCACCUUGUUGGAGUCUCCAGAGAAUGAGUAUUCACUAGAUGACCGUUGUGUAAUCCACCUGCUGAAGGGAAUGUGUCUGAAAAACCAGGGGCUCCUCCAGGGUGCCGAGGAAUUCUUUCAUAAAGUUUGUUCCAGUGAGAAGAAGCUUAGGUUUGACCACUACCUCAUUCCCAACUCCAUGGUGGAGCUCAGUCUCCUCUACAUCGAACAAGGCCGAAGAGACGAGGCCAUCAAACUUCUCCACAAGGCCAAAAACAACUACAAAGAAUACUCUAUGGAAUCUCGCACGCAGUUCAGGAUCCAUGCUGCCAUGGCCAAACUGAAAGCUGGCUCUGUCGAUGCGGACCAAACUCAUCCAUAGGGAGAUCGAAAUUUUAUCUUGGGAGACACUCUUCAAAUGCUGUCAUUGUCAGUGACGUGUCUGCGGUUUUAGCCGAUGCCCAGUUUUCUACUUGUGCCAAUUUUCCAUCAAGUAAUUGCUGGGUUUAUAUUUGGGUUUGUCUUUUUGAGAUUUGAUGACGGUAAAACGCGAUUGGCGUCAAACAGUAGUAUAGUUUUGAAUAGAAUUUAUAUAAGAAUACAAAGUUGUUAAUGAAGACAUUUCAUUGUAUGGACCAUGUUUACAUAACCUGCCUCAACCGUUGAUGAAAACCACUCGAAAUGACUUUGAUAGGAAA